UUCCUAGGUAUAGGUAGUUACAUAUAAUGCUCUUUUAUUGACUUCUCUCUCUCUCAUUCAUUCAUUGAGUAAUCUUCUUUCACUGACUGAGUAGCUUUGCAGCCUUAACCUUGACCCCAUUGGAGCAGAACACAACAUACAAAUCAAGCAACCCACAAAAGUCCUUCUGCACCAUCUCUCUCUGACUCUCUUUCCUCUUUUACCCCAACCAAAAAGAAACAUAUCCAUUUUCCUCUUUAAUUUCUUCAACUUAUUUACUCCUAUGCUCACACUGAUCCAUUAGUUAACUUCUCUUAAUCUCUCUGUAGCCACAACUACCUACCAUAUUUGCUUCAGAAAAACAUGGAAUUUGGAGAGAACAACAUGUUCAGCCUUAACACCCACACAAAAGAGGAAAAUGGAAACACUGGCGGUAACAGUAACAAUAACAAUAUUGUUAAUGUUUGGUAUUCAUCAUGGGAUGCUACUACUACAACUAAUGCACCACACACCACCACGGCCGCGGAGGGCUACGCCGGCGGCGGUCACCGCCUCCAUCACCACCAACUAUACGGCGGCGAAGGGUGUCACGUGCAGGCGGACCCUCACCUCACGUGCUUGCAUCUUGGUAAAAGACAUUACUUUGAGGAUGCUACUAACGGUGAUGAUGCUAACAAUGUUACUUCUCUGGGGAACCGACACGUGUGCGGUGGUGGUGGUGCGGGUUUUGUUUUUGCGGGUAACGAUAAGAGAGCGAGGGGGUAUUAUGGUGGAGGAGGAGGUGGGGCUGGCGGUGGUGGUGGUGGUGGGAAAUCGGCGCCGUUUGCGAUGGUUCCUCGAUGUCAGGUAGAGGGGUGCCACGUGGCGCUUGUGAACGCGAAGGAGUACCACAGGAGGCACAGAGUUUGCGAUAAGCAUUCCAAGGCACCCAAAGCUGUGGUCUUAGGGUUGGAGCAGAGAUUCUGUCAGCAGUGUAGCAGGUUUCAUGUGGUGUCAGAGUUUGAUGACUCAAAGAGGAGUUGUAGGAGGAGAUUGGCAGGUCAUAACGAGCGAAGAAGAAAGAGCUCUCACCUUUCUGUUACUAGGAAUUCUAGACAAGGGUGUGCUCUCUCUCUUCUGUCAUCUGGGAGUAGUAGUGAAAAUUGGCUAUCUCAUCAUGCGGAUUUCUCCACAAGAUGCAGUGCAGCAUUGCGUGAAUUGAUAGCAGAAAACCGUGCUGCCCUAAUCACUAGACAACAACAACUUGUUUAUGAUAGAGACUGGCCUCAUGUUGUGCCCCACCAUGAUGCUGCAGUGGAAGAAGAAGAAGAAGACUUUGAAGACUUACAACAACAACAACAACCACCUGAGCCCAAUUAUUUUCCACAACAACAUAUGUUUCCACAGACAUAAUAAUAAUAAUAGUUCCUGAACUUGGUUGGAGGUGACCCCAAAUAUAUCUAAUGCACUUUACACAGAGUGUAUGUAUGUUGUGUAGCCAUCUAUUUUAAGGAAUAUAUAUUAUAUAAUUCCUGAAAUGGGAGGCAUUUUUAUUGUUGUCCGAAAUUUCCUAUUCUUUUGUUUCCUAUAAAUAAGAACUUCUUUCCAAGUUGUGACUGUAGUAGAGUAA